AUGGAAUCUAGGAUUCAAGAUGCUCUCCAGUACCUUGAGCAAUUUCCUGCGGCUAAAAUAGCCACUGUGGCUCGGGAGUUUGGUGUGCCGCGCAGCCGACUUCGGAGACGACUUGCUGGCCGACCACCCAAAAAGGGCCGGCCUGCAACCAAUACAAAGCUAUCGGCUACUGAAGAGAGGGCUCUAUGCCACCAUAUCGACCGUCUUGACAGAAUCAACCUUGCAGUACGGCCAGAGUUUGUUACAGACGCAGCCAAUUGCAUACUACGAGAGCGGACCCCUCUGGCCCAUCGUGGACAUCCGCCUGUGGUUGGCCUUAAUUGGACUACCCGCUUCCUACGGCGUCACAACUACGGCAAGAGACUUCAAAAGAAGCUUCACUCUGACCGUCAGGCAUCGGAAGACCUCAGCCGAGUUGCCGAGUACUUCCAGAAACUCUCACAUGUCUACCAGGAAGAGGGAAUACUAUCAGAGGAUAUCUGGAAUAUGGAUGAAACCGGAUUCCGUAUUGGCGUUGGUAAGGACCAGCUGAUCGUUACCAAGCGGAAGAGAGCCCACUACUUUGGAAUCCCUGAAAAUAGGGAGUCUGCUACUGCAAUCGAGGCUAUUUCGGCGGGUGGGGAGUAUAUUCCUGCUUUCUUGAUCGUGGCGGGCCAAGUCCAUAUGGCUCAAUGGUAUGCUCAACCUGAAUUGAACCCAGAUACAGCCAUCAGGCCGACUCCGAGCGGGUAUACAAAUGAUCAAGUGGGUCUGGAAUGGCUUGAACACUUCGACAAGCAUACAGCGAAGAAAAGAGUAGGCAAAAAGCGUCUACUCAUCCUUGAUGGCCAUGGUUCACACCAUACAAAGGAAUUCAUCGCGUACUGCGAUGCCCACGAUAUCGUGCCCUUUGGCUUGCCUCCAAAUCUCACCCAUUUGCUACAGCCCCUGGACGUGGUGGUCUUCCAGCCUUUGAAGCACUACCACGCAAAGGCGCUUGACGUCAUGGUUCGAGAUGGGCUUGUCAACAUCACCAAGAUCGAGUUCCUCAGCUGCAUUGAAGAGGUCCGCAGGCAGGCAUUCAAGGAAAGCACGAUUCUGACUUCGUUCAAGAAGACUGGAAUUUGGCCAUUCAACCCACAGUCAGUUCUCAAGAUUCUGGAAGAACGGCAGGCAAAGAAGACACCGUCGCCUCCUUCAAGCACGGGAGGACUUCAUUCAUCACCGUUUUCCACGCCGUUGACACUUAGACAGAUGAAUAAGGUGGCAGACAAGCUAGAGGAUUUCCUUGAAGAAGACCAGCACCUGGACCCGGAGUUUGCACACGAUAUUGGUCGGUUUAUCAGAGGGUCCCUGAUAAGCGCUACGGAGCUGUUACAGACGAAGAGGGAUCUAGGGAGGACGCAAUAUGCGCAGCGCGUCCAAAAACAACGCAGGGCGAUGAAGAAUUCGCCGCUUCAGUCAGGAGGGGUACUAACAGUGGCCGGGGCCGGGCAUAUGGUGCGGCAGAGAGAAGAAGACGCAGUUGCUAAGGCGAGGAGGAUGGUGCAAGCUGCGGAUGAGAAGGCAAUUAAGGUGGUCAAACGGGUGAUAUUCGAAGCGGCCAAAGUUGCACGUAAAUGGAGGAUGUCCGGGAAGCUAAAACCAGCUGUAGUGUACGAGUCUGGGCUAUUUCCUAGAGCGUUAAAGAGAUUCUAA